UCUUUCGCUUUUGGUUUCUUGUAAGAUUUGUCGAGCUUCACGAUUUCAGUAGAUUCGUAGCCGCCGCGGGGUUGAAAAAGCGAAAAAUAAAAAGCAAGAGGAGAAAAAGUCUUCCGCUCGAUAAACGUGGAUUUACCUUGUAAUUGAAUUAAGCAAAAACGAGAAGUGGAAAAAUGCUGAGAUUUGCUGUAAUUGCCUGUCUGCUGGUGACUGUGGGCCUCGUCCAGGGCCUGGAGUUCAGCGAUUGCGGAUCGAAGACGGGCAAGUUCACCCGUGUGGUCAUCGAGGGCUGUGACACCACCAAAUCGGAAUGCAUCCUGAAGCGCAACACCACAGUGUCCUUCUCGAUAGACAUUAACCUGGCGGAGGAGGCCACCGCCGUCAAGACUGUCGUCCAUGGCAAGGUGCUGGGCAUCGAAAUGCCCUUCCCGCUGGCCAAUCCCAAUGCCUGUGUGAACAGCGGCCUGAAGUGUCCACUGGAGAAGGGAGAAUCGUAUCGCUAUACGGCCACGCUGCCAGUGCUCAAGACCUAUCCGAAGGUCUCUGUGCUGGUCAAGUGGGAGCUGCAGGAUCAGAACAGCGAAGACAUUAUCUGCGUGGAGAUACCCGCCAAGAUCCAGUAGGCGUUGAUCUCGGGAUCGUCGCUCUGUCUGUCUCUCGCUUCCACGAGCAUUAUUGGAUCACGAAGAGCGAGCGGAAGCCGCCCCAAGUUCAGCCUGUAGUCUCUCUCCCUCUUGCUUAUUGUAAUCUAAUUUAAAAUAAAGAAAAAUACAACAACAACAA